GACAAAUUUAUUAUAAAUUUGCAUCAAUGUUAUCUUCACCAAAAUUUAAAAUAAAUUCAAUUUCUUCCUCUAAAUUCUCUCCAUCUUUUCUACAUUUAUUUUUUACAUUAAUUAUUAUUUUGGUUAUUUUUGGAUCAUCAAAAAAUAAUUAUUGUUUAGCAUCACCUAAUCGUCGUCCAAUCCAAAUAACUCCUUUUUUGUAUUCUGAUGCAGUAAAUAUUGGAAGUGGAAAUGGAGAAAAUUUACCCAGCGCAAGAAGAGCUAUUUUCUCCCGAAGUCGUCAAUUUAUGCCUGAAGAAAGUUCUAUUGAUGGUGGAGGUGUUUCCUCCUCAAAUGGAAGAAUAAUGCAAAUAUCUCCAUUUUUCUAUUCCUCAUCAAAAAGAGAUUAA